AUGUCAGAAAAAGCUUUCUGGUUAAAGGUCCAAGAAGAUAAGCUGGCAUCACCGGAUAUUCUGUCAGGUUUAGCGCAGAAGUUCUCAAGUAAACCGAUGGCUAAGAAGAAUGAGGAUAAUGUUGACAGGGCUCAUACACUCAAAAAGGCGAAGGAUCUCAAAGUAUUGGACAGUAAAGCUGCCCAGAAUCUAUCUAUCUUACUGGGAGGCUCGCUAAAACACCUUUCAUAUGAACACAUAAGAACUUGUAUAUUGAGAUGUGAUACUACAGUACUUAAUGCUAACGUAUUGGAUCUAUUGAUACAGUACUUGCCCCCAGCGGACCAGCUUCGCAAGCUAUCCGAGCUGCGCUGUUCAAGCGAUGAGCUAACAGAAGCGGAGCAGUUCGCUGCCGUGGUUUCUGAUGUGAAGAGACUCGCGCCAAGACUGAGGAGUUUAGCUUUCAGAGAGCAUUACCAGGAGAUUGUGUCCGAGUUGAAACCGGACAUAGUAUCAGGUACAGCUGCGUGCGAGGAGGUUCGUUCCAGCGUUAAGUUCGCCCGUAUCCUGGAACUUCUAUUACUUCUGGGAAACUAUAUGAAUACGGGCUCAAACAACGCAGGCGCUUAUGGCUUCGAAAUAAGCUUUAUAACUAAGUUAACAGCAACAAAGGAUUUGGAAAACAAGCAAACCCUGCUGCAUUACCUAGUGAAUACGAUCGAGACUAAGUUUCCAGAAGUACUUAACUUCGCUGAGGAGAUGCCUCAUAUUGAUAGGGCUGCGAGGGUUUCUCCGGAGAAUCUCCAGAAGGCGUUGAAGAAAAUGGAGAAUGACAUUAGGUCUUUGGAGACAGACCUCAAUAACUCCAGGGUCCCUCAGUGUGAUGAUGACCUGUUCCACGAAACUAUGAGCAACUUCGCGAAGGAAGCUCGUGAGCAAUGUGAUCUGCUGCACUCUAUGUUCAAGAAAAUGGAGUCUCUAUACGCGGAGCUAGCGGAGUACUACGUGUUUGAUCCCGCAAAGUACACGCUGGAAGAAUUCUUCGCUGAUGUUAAAACGUUCAAGGAUUCAUUCGCGACCGCCCAUCAGGAAAACGUGAUAGCUAGGGAAACGGAGGAAAGAGCGAGACGGGCGAGGGACGCGCGGGCAGCGGCAGAAAGGGACAGAAGAGAUAGGCAGAUGAGAUACAAACAGUUUGUGGAUAUGGAGCGGGCGCAGGAUGGAGUUAUGGACAGUCUAAUGGAGGCAUUACAAAGCGGGUCCGCAUUCAGUAGAGAGAGACCGAGGAAGAAAACUAAUCCAAGAGUGGCUGGAGAGUAUCCAUUCAUCGUGUCGGGACGCAGGCGUCGCGACGCUCCUCACGCGAUAGAGACAUACAGACAAGUCGAUUACUAUUAG